AUAAGGCAUUGGAAUAUAGAAUCACAAUUAUUAUUAGGUAUUUUUCUUGGUUCGUUGGUUGGUUGCCAAGAAAGAGAAAGCAGAGAUCAGAAUUUGGUGGGUUUUUCGGUGAAGGCAACGAAAUCUCUAGAAACACCACAACCGACGAAGCUCUGGAUUCCACCUCUUCCCGUCCUUGGAGACGGUGGCUAUGCCGCUUGGCUUUCAGGUUGUGGAAAACUUGGAUCUAAAUAAAUUUUUUCUACAUUCCAAGACAUGGAGCGAGCAUGCUUCUGGUCAAAUUGUUUUCAUUACUCAGUUGUAUCAUUCCAGGAAGUUCUUGACUGGCGAUUUCUCAUUGUCGGAGAUUUUCUUCUGGUUUCUUUCGUUAAUUGCACUUAGUGGUCAGUUGCUCUUCAAUGAUCAGGAAAGGAGGCGUGAUGCUAGGUACUUUUGAAGUAGGUGUUGGAUCUUUAUUGCACUUGUGCCAGUAAGCAAUUCAUUGUCAACCUCGCCCUCUUCUCUCUCUCUCCAUUGCUUUAUGGGUGGGACUGUGGAGUUCUUUAAGGAAUGUUGGUUAACAUCUAACUUACUAUUUUCUAAUAGUGUACUGCUGAUACAACAUCCUGUCCAACUCUCUGGGAAUUCUUCUUCAGGGGGCUGACUUCUGCUGCUGAUCUGCAGUUGAAAACUGCUAGUAGUCAAUAAGAGAAUUGAUUAACUGGGAUCUUUGGAGACUACUUAGUUCUAGGUAUUUUUUCGUUUUUGCUUCUGAUGGGUAUUGUUUAAAGGUGGUGAGACACCAACUAGCUGAGGAUUUUCUACAAGUAUUAGUAGUAGCUGUUUCUCAAGUCAAUAUUCGCGGAGAAGCUAUCUUGAGCCAAGGCAUUGUUUCUUUUCCGUGGUUCAAGCUUCUUGCUUCUUCGAAGUGUCAAUAUGUUCUGUAGUACUUGUCCAUACACACUGUGCAUGCCAUGUCACUGUCUUCAACCAAUUGGGUUAGUAAUAAAUAAGGUCGCCCAUCAGAAAAUCUCUGGUUCUGUGCUCAUGCAUGUUGCCGUAGAAAAUUAAUGGUGGAUUCAGCUGGACUGACAAGGCAGUUGUGAAUAUAUCAUUGUCUGUUUUAAGGAUUGUCUUACUGAAGAUAAAUGCCAUUUGUCUUUAGCACGAGUUUUAAUACUUAAAUAAAUACAGAGCUGCUUUGUAUUCCACAAGAUGGAGAGGUACACAUUAAUAAAGGAGGUUGGUGAUGGAACAUUUGGGAGUGUUUGGCGAGCCAUUUAUAAGAGAACUGGUGAAGUGGUUGCAAUUAAAAAAAUGAAGAGAAAGUACUUUUCAUGGGAGGAGUGUGUUAAUCUGAGAGAAGUUAAGUCACUCCGCAAAAUGAAUCAUCCUAAUAUUGUGAAGCUUAAGGAAGUCAUCCGUGAAAAUGAUAUCUUGUACUUUGUGUUUGAGUACAUGGAGUGCAAUCUUUACCAACUUAUGAAAGACAGGCAGAAGCUUUUCUCUGAAACUGAGAUCAGAAAUUGGUGCUUCCAAGUUUUCCAAGGACUUUCAUACAUGCAUCAGUCUGGAUAUUUUCAUCGGGAUCUAAAGCCUGAGAAUCUGCUGGUAACAAAAGAUUUGAUCAAAAUUGCUGAUUUUGGUUUGGCUCGAGAAAUUAAUUCUAUGCCACCAUACACGGAGUAUGUCUCAACUCGUUGGUAUCGAGCCCCUGAAGUGCUGCUACAAUCAUGCCUAUAUAGUUCUAAAGUUGAUAUGUGGGCGAUGGGUGCUAUUAUGGCUGAGUUGUUUACUCUACGUCCUCUAUUUCCAGGCGCUAGUGAAGCAGAUGAAAUCUACAAAAUCUGUAGUGUAAGAGGCAGUCCAACUGAGGAUUCAUGGGCUGACGGUCUUCGCCUUGCAUGUGAGAUCAACUAUCAAUUCCCAAAGUUUGCGGGUGUCAAUCUGUCAGCGCUCAUUCCAUCAGCAAGUGACAAUGCAAUCAACCUGAUCAAUGCACUUUGUUUAUGGGACCCUUCCAAGAGGCCAACCGCAAUGGAGGCUCUUCAGCAUCCUUUCUUUCAGAGUUGCUAUUAUGUUCCUCCUUCCCUUCGUCCCAGACCGGCAACUGUUGCUAGAACUCCUCCCUCUGCUACAAGAAUAAGAGGAUUAUCAGAGCAACAAUGCGUGAAAAAAUAUUCUGGGACUUUAUCUAAUUCAAUGCCAAGCAAUUUUUCUUCACCGAAAGUACAUGCAUCUUCGGAUGUUGGAGUGCAGCGCAAACUGGAUAUGGUUAGCCAGGAUGCGAGAAAGAAUGAGAAAUCUUUGAAGAGCUCUGGAACUCAACAAAAAUAUCGACCCCCAGUAAAGAGCAAUCCUAUCUCAGUGAAUAGGGUUAGAGGAGCGCGUGAAGUUUCGGAUGCAUCUGAGAAGCUGGCUAACAUGACGAUUGGUUCCCGUAAGCCAACUGUUGGGCAGCGUCCCCCAGUGAAGGUUGGAGCCCCUCAUGUGAAGACUGGAGCACCUUUGUUGAAAUCCGGAGCCCCACUUUUGAAGGCUGGAGUCCAGUGGGGUGGUGGGGCCGGUGAUGUGUAUUUAAGGCCGGUCCCACAUAUCCAACCUGGAAGAACCUACACCAGGAAAGUUGUCGGAUGAGAAGGUUGUUUUGUUUAGAGGUGUUAUGUUGGUUUUAUGAUGUCUUGCAUACGCGAGUGGUGGCCCUGUUUGGAUUUCGACCCUACCUACCUACCUACCUACAUACUUUGUGUGAUGGCAUUUACUUUUGUUCGGUGUUUUCGUUAGGCAUGCAUGCUUUGCUGAUUGUUAUGUAUGCAGUUUGCCGUUCUGUCCGUGGGAUUGAAGCCUAAUAAAUAAAAAACCCAUCUUUAGUUUGUUUCGUUGUGAUUUCACAUUUUAAUUUGUUCAUCACUUGGAUUAUAAUCGUUUUUCUUUUUGUAUAAUAAUAUACUUUGUUUCUUGGUCUUUCAAUCAUACAACCACGAAUUAAAAGUA